GUCUGAACGAGCUGCUGACUUCAGGCCUGUUCAGUUCAGACUCCAAGUGUCUUCAUCUGCUGGUCCCCAUGUCUGAGGUUUCUGUGUUUUUAUAUAAAACAACAGUUAUUUCCUCUCUUUCACUUUUUUUAAUAAAUGAGGAACUGUGAGGAAACAUGAGCAUAGUAUUUCCUGUUUGGUAAACGGUGGACCGUGGAGCCUUCCUGUUUUUCAACUUCCUGCUGGAGCACCUCCAUAUUCAUUCUGUCCAUCUGAGGAGGAGGACGACGAAGAUGUAGUCAAGGAGACGGCAGCUCAGGGUUUGGAGGUGUGAUGACGCCAGCAGACCUGUUGAACAUCCUGGAAGAUCUGGACAAUGAGGAGUUUGAUAAGUUCAAGUGGUUCCUGCAGCAGGCCGACAGCCUUCAAGGCCUCGCAGCGAUCAAGAAGAGCCACCUGCAGACAGCGAACAGGACGGACACCGUGGACCUGAUGGUCCAGACCUACAGACUUCCUGGAGCUGUGGGGGCGACUAGGAAGCUUCUAGAGAGGAUCGGCAGGAACGACCUGCUGCAGAGUUUGUCUGCCAGCAGCUCCUCACCAGAAGAGAACGUCAGUGAUGUUGGUGAAACUUCAGACAACGGUGGACCUUCCUCCUCUCAAAGUCAGGCUCCUCUUCCUCAAUCUGAAGAUGCGAUGGUUCCAGCUCCAGAAACAUUCUCCAUCACCUCUUACCAACGGAUGCUUCAAUCAAACUUCCAGGAUAAGUUCAUGUGCGCACAAGAAGGCUGGGCAGCAGAUAAACAGCGUCUGGUUGAUAUCUACACGGAGCUGUACAUCACAGCCGGCUGUCACGUUCACAUCGACACACAGCAUGAAGUCCGGCAGAUUGAGAGGGUAUGGAAGCCAGCAGAAACAGAGAAACCAGUGAAAACCAGAGACAUGUUCAAACACUCUUCUGGAGAAUACCGACCCAUAAAAACUGUCCUGACCAGUGGAAUCGCUGGAAUUGGAAAAACCUUCCUCGUGCACAAGUUUGUGCUGGAUUGGGCUGAACAGAGAUGCAAUCAAGACAUACAUCUUCUUUUCCCCUUCACCUUCCGUCAGCUGAACCCACUGAAGGGGGAGAAGUUCACUUUGGCACAGCUCAUUCAUGAAUGCAUCCCAGAAACUGUGGACAUCAAAGAGGAAGCUCUUAAUUCCAUAUUUACGAGUCUGCAGUCAUCAGGAAACAGCAACUACGACAAAAGCAAAUUCAAACUUCUGUUUGUGUUUGAUGGACUGGACGAGAGUCGCCUUCAUCUGGACCUUCAUGUUGACGACAUUCGCUCCGUGGAUGUUACAGAGUCAACUAAAACAGAGGUUCUGAUGAGGAAACUCAUCAAUGGGAAACUGCUGCGCUCUGCUCGCAUCUGGAUAACUACGCGACCUGCCGCAGCCAAUCAGAUCCCUCGAAAGUUUAUCAGCUGUAUGACUGAGGUCAGGGGCUUCACUGAUCCUCAGAAGGACCAGUUUUUCAGGAAGAAGUUCAGAGUUGAGGACCAGGCCAACAGAAUCAUCUCCCACAUCAGGACAUCACGAAGCCUCCACAUCAUGUGUCACAUCCCAGUUUUCUGCUGGAUCACUGCUACGGUUCUGGAGGACAUGCUGAAAACCAGACAGGGAGGAGAGCUGCCCAGGACCCUGACUGAGAUGUACACAGAGUUCCUGGUUUUCCAGAUCGAUCUGACCAAAGACAAGUAUGGUCCAGAGAAGAGCAUUCAGUGCAUUGAGUCGUUAGCAAAACUGGCUUUUCAGCAGCUGGAGAAGGGAAACCUGAUCUUCUACGAGAAUGAUAUGAGAGAGAGUGGCAUCGAUUUCAGUGAGGCGUCGGUGUGUUCGGGAGUGUUCACAGAGAUCUUCAGAGAAGAGCGUGGGAGGAAGGAGAGAGAAAAGAUGUUCAGCUUUGUCCACCUGAGUGUUCAGGAGUUUCUGGCUGCUGUUCAUGUCAGGAUGUCACUUAUUAAGCACAACCAAAGUGUCAUAGGCUUGCCAGCAAAAAUGUCCCUGAAAUAUCUUCCACAACUGUUGAGCAAGAAGACCCCAACAGUGAUCCACAGGAUUUUCAUUGACAAGGCUUUACAGAGUCCAAAUGGACACCUGGAUUUGUUCCUCCGCUUCUUCCUGGGUCUUUCACUGGAGACCCAUCAGGAUAGACUAAGGGACCUGCUAAUAAAGUCAGACAGAAGCUCAGAGACCAGACAGGAAACAGUCCGGUACAUUAAGAAGAAGAUCAAUGAGGACCUGUCUGCAGAGAGGAGCAUCAAUCUGUUCCACUGUCUGAAUGAACUGAAUGAUGGUUCUCUGGUGGAGGAGAUCCAGCACUACCUGAGUUCAGGACGUCUCUCCACAGAGAAACUGUCUCCUGCUCAGUGGUCAGCUUUGGUCUUCAUCUUACUGUCUUCAGAAGAAGAUCUGGAGGUGUUUGACCUCAAAAAAUACUCUUCAGUGGAAACUUCAGAGGAGGCUCUUCUGAGGCUGCUUCCAGUGGUCAAAGCCUCCAAGAAACUUAUGCUGGCUGGCUGUUAUCUGUCAGAGAAAAGCUGUGAAAUACUUUCAUCCCUUCUGGACUCCAAGUCUUGUGGUCUGAGAGAGCUGGACCUAAGCGCCAACCACCUGCAGGGUCCAGGACUGAAGCCGCUGUUUGCUGGACUGCAGAGUCCACACUGUCAACUGCAGAGUCUCAGGCUGAACCUACGUGGCUUCACGCAGAAAAACUUCUCGGAGAUCUCAUCAGUUCUCUCCUCUCAGUCAUCAUGUCUGAGACAACUGGACCUGAGUACGAACCAGCUGCAGGAUUCAGGGCUGGAGUUGCUGUCAGCUGGAUUGGAGAGUCCUCACUGUAAACUGGAGGUUCUCAGGCUUCAUCAAACUGGCCUGAGACAGAAAAGCUGCCGCGAGUUAUCAUCAGCUCUCCGCUGUCAAUCAUCAUGUCUGAGACAACUGGACCUGAGCAUGAACGACCUGCAGGAUUCAGGACUGGAGCUGCUGUCAGCUGGACUGGAGAGUCCAUUGUGCAAACUGGAGGUUCUCAGGCUGUCGGGCUGUAUGAUCACAGGGGACGGCUGUGCUUCUCUGGCUUCAGCGCUGACCUCCAACCCCUCUCAUCUGAGGGAGCUGGACCUGAGCUACAACCAUCCUGGAGAGUCUGGAGUGAAACUCCUGUCUGCUGGACUGGAGGAUCCCAACUGGAAACUGGACACUCUCAAGCUGGAUCAGUGUGGAGAGCAGAGGCUGAAACCUGGACUGAAGAAGUAUUUCUGUGAACUUGCUCUCGACACAAACACGGCUCAUAAACAGCUCAUAGUGUCUGACGACAAGAAGAAGGUGAGGGCGGUCAGGGAAUAUCAGGCAUAUCCCGAUCAUCCCAACAGGUUUUCCUUCUGCCAGUUGCUGUGCACGGAUGCGCUGACCGGUUGCUGUUACUGGGAGGUGGAGUGGGAAGGCGUGGUUCAUGUGGCAGUGAGCUACAAGAGCAUCAGGAAAAGAGGAAAUCGAAGAGACUGCCUGUUUGGAAAGAACCACCAGUCGUGGACUCUGAGCUGCUCAGAUCGCGGCUACAUCAUCGAGCACCAAAAGAAAGGCCGGAUGCUUGCUCCGUCCUUCGUCUCUAACAGAGUAGCCGUGUAUGUGGACUUCCCCGCCGGCACGCUGUCCUUCUACAGCGUGACUGAUGCUCUGGUCCACCUGCACACCUUCAGCACCACCUUCACCGAGCCUCUCUAUGCUGGCUUCGGCUUCUGGUUUGGUGGCUCCGGAUCUUCGGUUUCUUUGUGUUCUCUGCAGGAUUAAGCAUUAAUCCAAAGAGACUCACUAGUGGAACAUGGUGGCUUCUACCGGGGAUUUGGUAUCAUGCUGUUCCAGGUUCCACAAACUGACAGACAUGAAAGAACAUCCCAAUGGCCUUGAUAAGCGACUAGAAUCUGUUGAAUGAUGUUUUAAUUUGACAAAGAGGCCAUAAGUUAUCAUCUUCAAGUCUUAAAGGAGAUCAUGGACAUUGAUUUGGCCAUGUUCCGUGUUCCUCCAUUGUUG